AACAUGAACGCAUGCGCGCUGAUGACGCAGUUCAAAGAUGGCGGUGCAGGUGGAGUUGUGUUGUCUGGAGAGUUUCCCGUCUCACCUGAGUCCUCUGGAUGUCCUCAUGCUUCAAAGUCACCUGGAUUCAGUGUUCCAGAUCCACACCGACCCGCCGACCCUCCUCUUCACCCCGCAGCGGCCUCCGGGCUCCGGGAGGCCGGACAUCUUAGUGCGAGUCCACCCGACCACGGAGGAGGAGACCUGCAGAGGAGCAGAGUCCAGGAUCCGGGGGGGGGAGGAGGAGACCUGCAGAGGAGCAGAGUCCAGGAUCCGGGGGGGGGAGGAGGAGACCUGCAGAGGAGCAGAGUCCAGGAGCCGGGGGGGGGAGGAGGAGACCUGCAGAGGAGCAGAGUCCAGGAUCCGGGGGGGGGAGGAGGAGACCUGCAGAGGAGCAGAGUCCAGGAGCCGGGGGUCGGAGGAGUCCAGGAGCCGGGGGGGGAGGAGGAGACCUGCAGAGGAGCAGAGUCCAGGAGCCGGGGGUCGGAGGAGUCCAGGAUCCGGGGGGUUGUCCUCUUCACCAGCCCCCUCUUCCUGCGGCUCCACGGGCUGCAGCGGCUCGGCAGCACCGGGACAGUCCGGCCUCUGGAGCCGGUCCGCCUCGACAGGGUGGUGCUGGGAGCCCGCAGCAGGAGGAGCCUCCGCCGGGCAGCAGCUGAACACUUCACCGCCGGACUGCUGGAGCUCUGCAGCCCGGGACAGGUGCUGCUGGCCCGGCAGGGAGAGCCGCUGCUGCUGGGAGAGGAUCCUCCGGGACAGGAGCAGCAGUUGGACCUGUUGGUUCUGGACUGCAGUCCUGUCACUCAGGGAAGAAUCACGGCCGACACCUCUCUAGUUCUGACCGACUGCUGUGACUGGUUGGACCCUCCAGGCUCCGCCCCCUCCUGCAGACCGCUCAGACUGUGCGUGUCAGACUUCGCUCAUUACGCCGAUGGCGUGGAAGGGGGGCGGUCUCUGCUGGACAACAGGAAGCUGCUGGGCUCGGGGUUCUCGGGUGUCCUCCAGGCGUUGGAGUGCAGGCUGGACGUGUGCGUGGUGGACGCUCGGCGCCGGCGGCUCGGGGCCGAUGGCGUGGACGUGGACAGCUGUGUGUUUGUCAGUAAACAGCUUCUUCUCAAACUCGGCCUCUUUAACCACGAGUGGCUGAAGCUGUCCACCAGAGGGGGCGGGGCCAGAGAGCGUCUGGUCUCUGUGCUGGUGGUGGAUCCAAUGCAGAGUCCAGACCCGCAGAGUCCAGACCCGCAGAGUCCAGACCCGCAGAGUCCAGAUGAAGUCGGCUUCAUAUCAGAGACUCUGUGGUUCAACAUGACGCGAGGAGACGAGAUCCCCGAGACCGUGUGCACACUGAGGAUGAAGAGGUGGAGGUCGUUUCCUCCGGAGAGCGGCGGCGUUCGCUCCGAUAGUUUCUGUCGCUCGGCGUCUCCUCUGUUCGCCAGCGAGCUUCACAUCCAGCCCGUUGUUUCUCCGCUCUACAACGACCUGAGCUGCCAAGACGCUCUGCUGUCAGAACACUUCAGGACGCCAAGACUGGUUUCAGAGGGAGACGUCCUCACGCUUCCUGCUCACAAACAUCCAGACCUGCUGCAGGACAACGCCGACGGAAUACACAGGUACACACUUCCUGUUUGAGCAUCGGACAGGAAGUCAGCUCAGAGGGCGUGGUUACUGGUCAGCUCAGAGGGCGUGGUUACUGGUCAGAGGGCGUGGUUACUGGUCAGAG